AUGGAAGUACAUCACUCUAUCCCUCAGCCCCGUCUUUUACCACCAUCCCCAGAACGCUCUAGUCAGUGGCUUUGCGUAGACACCGAGACAAUGGCAUCCACUACGGGCAUUGAUGUGGCAACAGAUUCACCCACCACAGUGACCUUGCGACGCGGACACACUGCUACCAGAGAUUACCGUCCUCCCACUGUGCGCAGCCUUGUUUUGUCUGAAAUUUUUCUCCCUCUCGAGAAUGCUACCCAGAACAGUGGUCGUUCCAGGAAGGCUUGUCGAUCAUGCCUCCUUACGACUCUCCAUACGGACGAUCCAAUAACCUCUCUUCCCCCUUCAUCCCCAUCGAGGGAUGCAAAAAAUAAUUCUCUACGCCGUUCGAAUUCUCUCAUUACCAAACUGCAAUCCAUUUUCCACACCAAGAAGCCGGGCACACCAAAUCUAAAUGUCGAGAAACCACCACUCACUCCGAAAAUUCAGGCUCCUUUAUUACCGUAUGGUGCAUCUGUAUCGUUUCUUCGUGGACGUUCACAGUCAACUGCUUCAAGAAUUCACUUAAGAUCGAAAAGAAAUGGUUCUGCUGCCGCGUCUGCCCAAGCCUCGCCCGCUAGAAGUCUUCAGUCCCUCUCCUGCGCCACUACAAAGGCCAAAGAAUUUACCGAUCGUACAGCGCCGCCAACACAAACCAACUUUAACUUCAGUGUCCGGAACUGGUGUACGACAAAAGCACUUCUCUGCCCAUCUCUUCGAUGA